AUGGAGGCAGCUCCUGGGGGCUCACAAGGCCCCGGUUCAGGGUCUGAUACAGCACCGGUGAUAGGGGAUGAUAUGAGCGACAUCGACCUCACCAGCCAGACAAACCUGAUGGGGCUUGCCCACGUCAAGACUCGACAUAUACCCCACAACUUCCAUCCCGUCUUCGAGUCCUACGCCAUCAGAGCGCUCGAGUACUCUGCCUUUGAGGUCGUCGGCUACAUAAAGAAGAUUCGAAAGAUAGAAGCAAAGCAGAAAUCGCCCAUUUCAUGCCAGAAAUACACCAAGCUGCAGAGAAAGUUGUACAAGAAGCUUUGCUCGGCUCUGCUUUUCCGCUACAACCUCUUCAUCAAGGCCGGACUAGUCCUCGCCCAUGACGUCCCGCAGAAGGCCAGCAUCGACGCCGUGGCCUUGUGGCUGUCGAAGAAGUACCCCGGCGGCCACGAGAUACUCCGAAACACGGACCCGGAUGACCUCCGGGUCCUCAGCUCGCGCCGCGGCACGCUGGACAAGUUCAUCCUGAACUUGCCCACCACGGCGAUCGGUUCCUUCCUUUGUCGACCCUUCCGCGAAGAGCAUAGCACGGCCGACGGGCUGAAAGUGGAGGGGUUCAACGAGGCCCAGCUCCUGCGGGCGGGCCACGCGGCGAUGCUGGCCUUGCUGUGCACGGCGCUGCUGGUGCCGACGGCGCUGCUGUCGUACCGCGUCGUCAGCUACCCCGUCGGCGUCGGCGUCGUGCUGGGCUUCUGCGUCGUCUUCAUCGGCAUGACCCUGCUCAUGGAGCCCGAGAGGCCCGAGAUACAGGUCAUCCUCGUCCUGGCCUACGGCGCCAUCGCUACUACGAUACUGUCUAAUUUUCGUUGA